UGAUAUGUAUCUUGGGAAUUCCAUUUAAGAAACAAUUUCAGCUUUCAUAAUGAGUGGUUUGUUCUGCAGGCAACCCAAAAUACAAAUCAUUUCAGUACUGUCUUCCUAUAAUGAAUUUGCAUUACACUAUUACCAGUUUUAGGCAGGUCAACCUGAUUUGAUAAUCUAGGGGAAUAGCUUAGUACAGUGUUAAACUAUACUGUUUAAUUAUUCUGGUUUGAGAUCCCAGUGAGGCUUUUUAUAAAACUUUCUCUUUUUUUGUCUGUUUGCUAUUGCAUACACUGACACUCCAUUGACAUUGCAGAUAGAUGUAUUAAAAGUUCAUGAAGUUAAUUACACCUCUUAGUAGUUAAUUUAACUGCUACAGUUAAAAAUUAAAUAGGACAGGAAAAUACCAUAAUCUGGGUUGGACAGUUCUCCAUACCUCCUUAGUAUGUUUCCUAACAUUCCUUCCUAGUAAGGAAACAGACUGAAACUGGGGUAGUUCAGAGGCAGUGACACAAAGGCUCUAUGUGAACAAGAAAAGCAGUCAGCUGGAAGCCUCAGUAAAGUCUGUGUGUGUGCUCUGGACACUGUCUCUUGGCAAAUCUUAAGCUUUGUGGAUGAUCUGUAAGUGGCUUAGAUGUUAGGGAUAAUGUUUGGGUGAAAGCAAGUGCUGAAUUUGCAGCAUGCAUUUUUACAUAAACUUACUGGUUUUUCUUGGAUGUACUGACUUAGCAAAGAUUGCCCACAGAGGGCAUCCCUGGAUUACCAUUUUUUUAGGACAGUGGAGCUUGAGUUAAAAACAGCUGUAUGUUUCUUCAGUUCCAUUAUUUGGGCUCCUUAGACAUAAUUAUUUUAGUUUUUUUCCUGGAAUCUGUUAGUGCCUUUUGGGUGUUAGUACUUUAGCUGAAUAGACAAGAGACUUUUUGACACUGCUUGAAGCUAACAGAUACUCAGAAAUGAAGUAAGGUUGAGAUAUUUCCUGAGAAAUAUAUUCUAAUAACCCAGUUUGGGAAAGGACGUACUCAGCAUGAUCCGUUUGCAAUUUCUUCUCUUUGAAGGAGAAAUUGGGUUUUUUUUGUCCCUGUCAUAGUUAUAUGGCUUUGCUACUGUAAGUUCAAACUUGGUAUUUUUUAAAAUUAAACUGUUACCAUAUGUGUAAUAAUCUUAUUACAUAGUUGAGAGUGUAGUUAAUUGAAGUUAUCUUCAAAUAAAUAUGGAAUUUCUAGUUUUAUAUUACAGAGUUUUUGUAUACCUUCAAAUGGAGAGGGACAUUUUCCGUAUUGUUAAUGAGGGAAAAUGUGGAGUCUUUAAAUCAUUUAUUUGCCACGAUAUUUUGUGAUACUGGAGACAGUCACUAGAAUACUUGGAUGGAAGAAUGCAAGCAAAGUCAAUUCAAGCAAAGCUAUAAUGCUUUAAUUUGAUUUCACCUUUUUUUAAUAUAGAUAGAGGUGUAAUUUAAAUUCAUCUUCACUGCUUGUUCCUUGGAUCUUAUCCACCUGCUUUGACUUGAAAGAAUUGAAUGCAAAUUGCUUCCUUCUCACAGUAGUUUUCUAUGGUAUAAGUCAUGUGAACUCCAAAUAUUGACUUGUUUCUUUGAAUUAUUGCAGCCUGUGCUGCUUUGGAUGGUUCUACCCUCUGAUUACCUAAGAUGGUUAUAAUUCUUUAAAAUGUCACUGCUUUCUGUCUUGAAUUCAUUAUAUAUUUAAUAAGCUUUUAUUCUGAUGCUUACAGUGAGAAUUAGGCUUUAGAUGUGCAGAUCCUUGUGGAAUUAAGAAUUAUGCAUGUGCUUCUCUGGCCGUUGUAUAGAAUACAGUAUUAUGGGAAUGUAAUAUCUACUUGUUCUUGAACACAAUUCUGGUGCAAGAGUGGAAAAACAGAAUGAGAUAUAUUAAAUACUUUUAGAUGUGUGGGAUUUACCUAACAUCAUAUUUUAUAAUGAACUUGUAAAGUAUUUUUCCACUUUAUGGUAGUUUGCGUUUUUCCCAAUAGCAAGUUCUAUAAGAAUUCUUUUUCCUGUAAUCUAAUGUACAGUUUGAUGUUGAUAUCAGAGAAUUUAGCUCUCUGCAUCGUUCCUGAAGAUAACAUUUUAGUUAUUCCUCACUUGAUGAGAAUGUUAUCCUUUACUUCUGCCAAAGUAUCACUCUAGAAUAUUUUUACUUCACUUAGUACGACAGCAUAUUUAGGUAACCAGAAGGAAAUAAUACCUAAAGAUGCCCAUUUGAAAUUUAGGUUAUUAGAAAUGCUUUUAAAGGUUUAAAUCAUACUUUGAAUUGGAUACAGGAGGUAAACAGUGAAUUAUUCUUAAAUUGGAGUUUUGUUCAGUGUUACAAUCCAGUGUUGCCCACAGCACCUACUUGACAGACAUUUUGAUGUUGCUGUUUGGUGUUACAGUCAUUGCAAAGAAAUUUGUUGAUUUCAUAGUUGCACAUGAGAUUAGCUGGUUGUAAGGUGUUAAAGGAAGAAAGGGAAAACUGGAAACUAGUUUGGGGUUUUUUAUGCUGAAAACUGUAAGCAUUCUGAAGAGAGUAAGGAAAGGUGUUCAUAUGUCAUGUUAAAAGUAGUGAAUUAAAGCUGGAGAGGCGAGAAUGAAAUUAUGGAUGCCUGUCGUGGUUUAUCUCUGGCCAGCAACUAAGCCCUAUGCAGCCUCUCACUGGCUUGUAUCAGAGAGCUGGAAGGGUAAAAGUGCAAAAACUUUGGGUUGAGAUAAAGAUAGAUUAAUUUUAAAAAAAGAAAAUAGGGAGAAAUGACAAUGAAAAUCAAACACAAGAAAUGUGUGAUGCAAAAAAAUGCAGUAGCUCACUACCAGGUGAUGAAUUAUCAGCCAGUCCCCAAGCAACACAGGGAAACUGCACACACGCACCCUUCUCCAAUUUUUUAUUGCUGAGUGUGACACCCUGGGGAAUUGAAUACCCGUGGAGGUCUGUAGGGUUGGCUGUUCUGGUGGGCAUCCCCAGCCUACUCACUGGUGGGGUGGAGUGAGAAACUGAAAAAAAGCCUUGACUCUCUGUAAGCACUGCUUAACUCAAGCAUUCCUGAAUUAUCAACAGUGUUUCCAGCAGAAAUCCAAAGCACAGCACCAUCUACAACCUACUGUGAAGAAAAUUAGCUGCAACCCAGCCAAAACCAACAACAAAGGUCUUAGAUGUUUUCAGAGAUUUCUUUGAAAUUAUGAUGAUCUGUAAAAGUGUAGAUGAAAUGAAAAAUUAUGUUGAAACUAAUGUACAUGACUCAUUUUGCCUGUUUGGUGAAAUGGUUGAUGCAUGCCAUUGUAAAACUGCAAAAUAAUAUAUCUCUUUGAUCAGCUCUAGCUUCGGUGUGCAAAAGCUUUGUGUAUUUCCAUUAAUUCUGUCAUGGAGGUCACAGAAUUCUAUAAAGAGGUCUUCUGGAGCUGUGUGUGAAUGGGAGAUUCAGAAGGAGUUUAUUUUGUCAUUUCUACUGUACUUUUAAAUAGUUACAACUAGUUCCAUUUUAGGGCACGUGAUCAUUUCAGUGCCAUAGAGUAGUCUGAGCUGUUUUUCAUAGUAAUUCUGUGUUACAUUGCAAAAAAUACAGAGGAAGGUGUUGUCCUUCCCUACAGUUUUCAUCCCCUGUUCUUGCAUCUUACAUUCUCUUUAUUUCUUUCCUCCUAGAAUGAAUGUGAUUCUGAAAUAAUAAGCUGUUCUGGCUCUGAGAUCCUCUCUGUUGCAGUUUUGGUUGUGUGUUUGGAGAGAGGGAGAGCAAAUUAAGGAAUGUUGUCAAGCCUGGCUUCAUCUUUCUUUUCUAGCUAAUUUUUAGUUCUGCAAGGGUUACUUUGCCCUGCAGAACUGAAAAUUGAAAAGAAUACAUCACUAGAAUACAUCCAUUGAAAAGAAUACAUCAGUAACUGUUCUGGUUCAUGUGUCUUUAACAGAUUAGUUACCUAGCAUGAGAAUUGUUAGUCACCUUUGUUAUAAUCUGGUUUUCUGCUGAUAAUGCUGCUUGAAUUUUUGUAUGCUUCCUACUGGGUGUAGUUGAUACGAGACCGUGAAAUUGUUCUGUCAUUAACUUGUGUUCUGGUGUCGAGAGCAGAGGCUGCAAUCAGACAGUGAAAGAAAUUAGGUGUUCUCUAUUCUCAAGGGUAAAAGUAAAGUUCAAGUUUGCUGUUUUACCUUGUUAACAGUAUAUAAUAGUAUUAUAUCAUGCUUCUCUGCAAUUACAAAUAUUCUAGUCUUGUAAAAAUAAUUGAUGUCAGCCACUGUAAGAACCUUCCUUUUUUAUUUAACAUAGGUUAUAAAAUCAGUGGUUUCACAUGAAUAGACUUAGGCAAUGCUGCUUGAAAUGGUAGUAACAUUUAAUUAGAAUGAUACUUAUAUAAACUUUUUACCUCUGGUCAGUUUUGUUGGAAACUGUAAACUUGGAAGUCAUUCAGUUUAUUUGUUCGUUGAUAAUGUUGUUUGAUGGACAGACUUCAGCGUAUCUCAGGGAGCCGAGUUCCUGGAUGUGAAUGCUAAGGUGGGAGGUAAAAUAAUGUAAGGUAUGACGGUGUUGGAAGGGAGGAAGAGAGUUUCUUUUCCUUUCUGUUGGUCAGGAAUUUGUCUUUGAGUGAGUAAAAGUCAUAAUGUCAUAAUCUGGGAGGAAGGCAUACUUUACUGAAACAUUGCAUACCAUGAGUCUUAUUAUUGCUACUUACUGAGGAAUGCUUAGUGUCUAGAUUACGGAAUUAUUUUCAUGUUUUGUCUAGUCCUGGGUGGCCGAGAUUUGAUCAGCUUUUGGAGUAGCUGUUUCUGGGAUCAACCAAUGACCUGCUCACCUCUCAGUGUAAAUAUGACCAUCAGUCUUGCCAAAAAGGAAAUAAAGGCUGAAACAGAAAAGCAAAGUCCCCCUCAUGGAGAAGCAAAGUCUGGUUCAAGCACUCUUCCACCUGUGAAAUCAAAGACAAGCUUCAUUGAAGCGGACAAAUACUUCCUACCAUUUGAAUUGGCAUGCCAGUCCAAGUGCCCCAGGAUUGUCAGUACAUCUCUAGAUUGUUUACAGAAACUUAUAGCAUAUGGGCACUUGACAGGGAAUGCUCCAGACAGUACAGCUCCAGGAAAAAAACUAAUUGAUAGAAUUAUCGAGACAAUAUGUGGCUGUUUUCAAGGCCCUCAAACAGACGAAGGGGUUCAGCUACAAAUAAUAAAGGCUUUGCUCACUGCAGUAACAUCUCAACACAUAGAAAUCCACGAAGGAACAGUACUACAGGCUGUAAGAACAUGUUACAAUAUCUACCUAGCAAGCAAAAAUCUUAUCAAUCAAACUACAGCCAAGGCCACUCUAACACAAAUGCUGAAUGUCAUUUUUGCACGUAUGGAAAAUCAAGCACUUCAGGAAGCCAAACAGAUGGAAAAGGAAAGACACAGACAGCAACACCAUCUCCAGCAGUCUCCAGUAAGCCAUCAUGAGCCUGAAUCACCUCAGUUGAGACAUAUUCCAGCACAGGCUGAUCAGCUGUCCAAAGACCAUGAGAGAGAGCUUGACCACAGCACAAACGAUGUGGACAAGAACCUUCAAGAAGAUAUUGAGGCAGAAAAUGGAUCUGACAUUUCUAGUGCUGAAAAUGAACAGACAGAAGCUGACCAAGCCACAGCAGCAGAAAAUCUUUCUAAAGCUGAUGGAGGAACUUACGAUGGUGAAAGCAAUGAGUGUGAAGAGAAGGCACAAGAAAUUGUAGAAAGUAUUGUGCAGGAAAUGGUGAACAUAGUAGUUGGAGAUGUGGAAGGGACUGCAGGUGGUGAUGGCACAACUGUAUCAUUAGAGGAUGGCAGUGACAGUGAAAACAUUCAGGCAAAUGGAAUUCCAGGGACUCCAAUUUCUGUUGCUUAUACACCAUCUUUACCCGAUGACAGAUUAUCUGUCUCUUCCAAUGAUACUCAGGAAUCUGGAAAUUCUUCAGGACCUACCCCUGGUGCUAAGUUUUCCCACAUUUUACAAAAGGAUGCCUUCCUUGUAUUCAGGUCACUGUGUAAACUUUCCAUGAAGCCCCUGUCAGAUGGACCACCAGAUCCAAAAUCUCAUGAACUGCGAUCAAAGAUUCUUUCAUUGCAGUUGCUUCUGUCCAUUCUGCAAAAUGCAGGACCAGUCUUCAGGACAAAUGAGAUGUUCAUUAAUGCUAUAAAGCAGUACCUCUGUGUUGCACUGUCAAAAAAUGGAGUCUCAUCAGUUCCAGAAGUUUUUGAACUUUCACUUUCCAUAUUUCUUACCCUCCUGUCAAACUUUAAGACUCAUCUAAAGAUGCAGAUUGAGGUUUUCUUCAAAGAAAUUUUCCUGUAUAUCUUGGAAACUUCUACUAGCUCAUUUGAUCAUAAGUGGAUGGUUAUACAAACUCUGACAAGGAUAUGUGCAGAUGCUCAGAGUGUGGUGGACAUCUACGUGAACUAUGAUUGUGACUUAAAUGCAGCAAAUAUAUUUGAAAGGCUGGUUAAUGACUUAUCAAAGAUUGCUCAAGGAAGGGGUAGCCAAGAACUUGGCAUGUCAAAUGUUCAGGAAUUAAGUUUGAGGAAAAAAGGAUUGGAAUGCUUAGUAUCAAUCUUGAAAUGCAUGGUGGAGUGGAGUAAGGAUCAAUAUGUAAAUCCCAAUUCCCAGACAACCCUUGGCCAAGAAAAACCCACAGAACAGGACAGCAGUGAAACCAAACACCCUGAGACAAUUAACAGAUAUGGAAGCUUAAAUUCUUUGGAUUCUACUGCUUCAUCAGGAAUUGGCAGUUACAGCACACAGAUGUCUGGCACUGACAACCCAGAGCAGUUUGAAGUCCUAAAGCAGCAAAAGGAAAUAAUAGAACAAGGAAUUGACUUAUUCAACAAGAAACCAAAGAGGGGGAUUCAGUACCUGCAAGAACAAGGAAUGCUUGGCACUACCCCUGAAGAUAUUGCUCAAUUCUUGCAUCAAGAGGAAAGAUUAGAUUCAACUCAGGUUGGGGAGUUCCUGGGAGACAAUGAUAAAUUUAACAAAGAAGUGAUGUAUGCAUAUGUAGACCAACACGACUUUUCGGGAAAGGAUUUUGUUUCAGCGUUACGCAUGUUUCUAGAAGGGUUUCGUCUACCAGGAGAAGCUCAAAAAAUUGAUCGCUUAAUGGAGAAAUUUGCUGCUAGAUAUUUAGAAUGUAACCAAGGGCAAACUCUUUUUGCUAGUGCAGAUACUGCAUAUGUUUUAGCUUACUCAAUUAUCAUGUUGACAACAGAUCUUCACAGUCCACAGGUUAAGAAUAAAAUGACAAAAGAACAGUAUAUUAAAAUGAAUAGAGGUAUCAAUGACAGUAAAGAUCUCCCUGAAGAAUACUUGUCUGCUAUCUAUAAUGAAAUAGCUGGAAAGAAGAUUUCAAUGAAGGAAACAAAAGAAUUAACAAUACCCACAAAAUCCAGUAAACAAAGUGUUGCUAGUGAGAAGCAGAGAAGACUCCUGUAUAACUUAGAAAUGGAACAAAUGGCUAAAACAGCUAAAGCUCUCAUGGAGGCAGUGAGCCACGUUCAGGCCCCUUUUACCAGUGCAACACACCUGGAGCAUGUGAGACCCAUGUUUAAGUUGGCAUGGACACCUUUCCUGGCCGCAUUCAGCGUGGGUCUGCAGGACUGCGAUGACACCGAGGUUGCCUCUCUCUGUUUGGAGGGUAUACGAUGUGCAAUCCGCAUUGCCUGCAUUUUCAACAUUCAGCUUGAAAGAGAUGCCUAUGUUCAAGCAUUAGCAAGAUUUACGUUGCUUACAGUGAGUUCUGGUAUUACUGAAAUGAAGCAGAAGAAUAUUGACACCAUUAAAACUCUCAUCACGGUGGCUCAUACAGAUGGAAACUAUUUAGGAAAUUCCUGGCAUGAGAUUCUGAAAUGCAUCAGUCAGCUUGAACUGGCACAGUUAAUAGGAACUGGAGUAAAACCUCGCUACAUCUCAGGGACAGUGCGUGGCAGGGAAGGUUCUUUUACUGGAACAAAAGAUCAGGCACCUGAUGAAUUUGUGGGGCUGGGACUGGUUGGUGGAAACGUGGAUUGGAAGCAGAUAGCAAGUAUUCAGGAAUCCAUUGGAGAAACUAGCUCCCAAAGCGUUGUUGUUGCUGUAGACAGAAUAUUUACGGGAUCUACAAGGUUGGAUGGCAAUGCUAUUGUGGAUUUCGUUCGCUGGCUUUGUGCUGUGUCUAUGGACGAGCUGCUGUCUGCCACCCACCCUCGGAUGUUUAGUCUACAGAAGAUAGUAGAGAUUUCUUACUACAACAUGGGCCGGAUCAGGUUACAGUGGUCUAGGAUCUGGGAAGUUAUUGGUGAUCAUUUUAACAAGGUUGGCUGCAAUCCCAAUGAAGAUGUAGCUAUUUUUGCAGUAGACUCAUUAAGGCAAUUGUCAAUGAAGUUCUUGGAGAAAGGAGAACUUGCUAAUUUCCGAUUCCAGAAGGACUUCCUAAGACCAUUUGAACAUAUCAUGAAGAGAAACAGGUCUCCUACUAUUCGAGACAUGGUUGUACGGUGUAUUGCACAGAUGGUGAAUUCCCAGGCUGCUAACAUUCGUUCUGGCUGGAAAAACAUUUUUUCAGUGUUUCAUCUGGCAGCCUCAGAUCAGGAUGAAAGUAUAGUGGAACUGGCAUUCCAGACUACAGGACACAUUGUCACAAUCGUGUUUGAGAAACACUUCCCAGCAACCAUAGAUUCUUUCCAGGAUGCAGUGAAGUGCUUGUCUGAAUUUGCCUGCAAUGCAGCAUUUCCAGAUACCAGUAUGGAAGCGAUCCGCCUCAUUCGCCACUGUGCAAAAUAUGUGUCUGACAGGCCUCAGGCAUUCAAGGAAUACACAAGUGAUGAUAUGAAUGUAGCUCCUGAAGACAGAGUGUGGGUGCGAGGAUGGUUCCCAAUUCUCUUUGAGUUGUCCUGUAUCAUCAAUAGAUGCAAAUUAGAUGUAAGAACCAGGGGCUUAACAGUAAUGUUUGAAAUAAUGAAGACAUAUGGCCAUACUUAUGAAAAACACUGGUGGCAAGAUUUGUUUCGGAUUGUCUUCAGGAUAUUUGACAACAUGAAACUGCCAGAACAGCAGACUGAGAAAGCUGAAUGGAUGACAACUACUUGUAACCAUGCACUUUAUGCAAUCUGUGAUGUAUUUACACAGUAUUUAGAAGUACUUAGUGAUGUUCUUUUGGAUGAUAUAUUUGCACAGCUGUACUGGUGUGUGCAGCAAGACAAUGAACAACUGGCACGAUCUGGUACAAACUGUUUGGAGAAUGUUGUCAUCCUUAAUGGUGAAAAGUUUACCCUAGAAAUCUGGGAUAAAACUUGCACUUGCAUGCUGGAUAUUUUCAAAACUACAAUCCCUCAUGCGCUGCUGACUUGGAGACCAGUUGGUGGGGAGUUCUGCUCUGGCUCUCCUUCUGAUGCAAAAGAAAAACUGGAUACAAUCUCCCAGAAGUCAGUAGACAUCCAUGACUCCAUCCAGCCUCGAUCUUCAGAUGGACGCCCAUUUCAGCCCAGCACAGGGGCCACGGUAGCAGAGGAAGCGAGUAAAGCCAGGCCAGCAGCAAAAUUUCCAGAACAGAAGUUAUUUGCUGCUCUUUUGAUCAAGUGUGUUGUACAGCUGGAACUCAUUCAGACGAUCGACAACAUUGUGUUCUUCCCAGCAACUAGCAAAAAAGAGGAUGCAGAGAAUCUAGCAGCAGCACAAAGAGAUGCAGUAGACUUUGAUGUCCAUGUGGAUACACAGGAUCAAGGGAUGUAUCGUUUCCUAACAUCACAGCAGCUUUUCAAACUUCUUGAUUGUCUGCUGGAAUCUCACAGAUUUGCUAAAGCAUUUAAUUCAAACAAUGAACAAAGAACUGCUCUCUGGAAAGCAGGUUUCAAAGGCAAGUCCAAGCCCAACCUGCUGAAGCAGGAGACGAGCAGCCUGGCCUGCGGGCUGCGCAUCCUGUUCCGCAUGUACAUGGACGAGAGCCGCACCAGCGCCUGGGAGGAGGUCCAGCAGAGGCUGCUGAAUGUCUGCAGCGAGGCUCUGAGCUAUUUCCUCACUCUUACAUCAGAAAGUCAUCGGGAAGCCUGGACUAACCUUUUACUCUUAUUUUUGACUAAAGUCCUGAAGAUAAGUGAUGAAAGGUUCAAGGCCCAUGCCUCAUUCUACUACCCUUUGCUGUGUGAAAUCAUGCAGUUUGACCUUAUUCCUGAGCUUCGGGCUGUGUUGCGAAGGUUUUUCCUGCGGAUCGGGGUGGUUUUCCAAAUAUCCCAACCACCAGAACAAGAGCCUGGAAUAAGCAAGCAUUAGCAGAUAGUGAUGCUCUGUUUCCAAGUUUAUAUUCCUCAGCUAAAUAAAAGGACCAGGUAGCUGGGCCAUUCUGUCUGGAUAUCCAUGUAAAUGGUUUCUUUCUCUGGCAGUUGUAUCCAAGGGUUAACGGUACAGACGCUUCCAACUGUAACUAAGGCUUGCAGCACUCCAGUCCCUCUCUUUCCUGGCGGAUUCUCUCUCAUCGGUUUCUCUUGCCUGGCUCCUGCUGAGCACAGAGCCAGUUUAUAGCACAGUCCCCCUUGUCAGCACGGGCUGCAGUGUCCUUUACUGUCCUAGACAGCAGCAUAGCAACAGAUGUUUAUGGCGGGUGUGAAAGUGAAGUGUACCCAAAGAAACAUAUAUGUAAAGGUUUGAGCUUCUGCGAGAAGUACAACUCAGGAGAGCUGUAUUUUGAAGGAUAAAAUGUUUAUAGUGAAAAGAAAAUGGAGAUUAUUGUUCAUGGAAAAAAAUAUUUAGCAACUAUGUCUGAUAUUCUAAGAUUUUUGCACACUCAGGCUGUCUGAGACAUUGGUAAUCAUCCUUCUGUGAAAAUGUACAGAGAUGCAGAUCUGUAAUAUAAACUCUUUAACACUAUACAGUUCUUCCCAAAUUAUUUUAUUUCUGUAUUACUGAUUUGUUGAAAGCCCAUAACUCUUCCUUGUUUACCAAAUGCACUAGAAGUUUGGGUUUCUUUUUUGGGUUGUGAUUUUUUUUUCUUCCUUUUUUGUUAUUUUUGUUUUGUUUUGUUUCAUUGUAGCCCAGAAGUUAUUGUUGCCGACUUUUGUCAAGAACAGCGGUAGAAAUAUCACGACUGACAUAACUACCUGUAAUAUACUUGUUUUAGGGCUUUGAAAUAUAACGAGCCAAUGAAAUGAUGAUCCUUCAAGGACUGGAACUUGAAUCACUGCAAACAAGUCUAGGUUGUGUCUGCUGUCAGAUGUUUUUUGUUUGAUGUAGAUUUCACUCUUAUGUACAGAAUUUAAUGUUGGAUAUAUUCAAGUAACAAAUCUGGCAUGGUUUGGGGAUGGUUAAAUUUAUUGGAAAUGUAUUCAUACUGUGAAUUGUGCUCUGAUGGUUAACAGACGAGAUUGUCAAGCAUUCUGUAUUACAAUGGAUGUAGAAAUUUUUUUCAGAUGGACAAAAUGUAUAUGGUACAGAUAUGUAAAGUUUUCUAUGUAAAAAAAAUUCUGUACAACUUUCUGUACAAUAUUUGGUUCUCAUCUGGCAUAUUCUAAUCAGGUUAUAGGUCAAUAAAGUUUUUGAACUCUU